AUGGGUGAGCAUGAAUCAUGGGCGGCUUCUCCGCCGUCACCCAGUGGCGUAUUUCCGAACGGUCUAUUGCCAGGCAAAGCUGCAUCUGUGACACGGCCGCUCGAUGCGGAGCGAUGGGCUAAGGCGGAGGAUAGAACCGCCAAGCUCAUUGCCUGCAUCCAGCCAAAUCCGUCUUCUGAAGACCGCCGAAAUGCUGUUGCCAGAUACGUGCGGAGGCUUAUCAUGGAAUGCUUUCCUCGUCAAAUCGAGAUCUUUACUUUUGGAUCUGUUCCACUGAAGACUUAUUUGCCUGAUGGAGACAUCGACUUAACGGCCUUCAGCACAAACCAAAAUCUGAAGGAUUCCUGGGCUAAUUUGGUUCGUGAUGUGCUGGAGAAAGAAGAGAAGAAUGAGAAUGCUGAAUUCCAUGUCAAAGAAGUCCAGUAUAUCCAGGCAGAAGUAAAGAUAAUUAAGUGUCUGGUAGAGAAUAUCGUGGUGGAUAUAUCUUUCAAUCAGAUUGGAGGGCUGUGUACUCUAUGCUUCCUCGAGGAGGUUGAUCAGUAUAUAAACCAGAACCAUUUAUUCAAGCGUAGUAUCAUAUUGAUCAAGGCCUGGUGUUAUUACGAGAGCCGUAUAUUGGGAGCUCACCAUGGGCUUAUCUCAACAUAUGCCCUGGAAACCUUGGUUCUUUACAUAUUCCAUGUUUUCAACAACUCAUUUUCUGGACCCCUUGAGGUUCUCUAUCGUUUUCUUGAGUUCUUUAGUAAGUUUGACUGGCAGAAUUUUUGUAUUAGCCUGUGGGGCCCUGUUCCAGUUAGUUCACUACCAGAUGUAACAGCGGAGCCUCCUCGAAAAGAUGUUGGAGAGUUGCGAGUUAGUGAAAGGUUUCUUAAAGCUUGCAGUAGAGUUUAUGCAGUUAACCCUGUUGCUCAAGAGACACAGGGGCAGCCUUUUGUUUCCAAACAUUUCAAUGUUAUAGACCCUUUGCGUGAAAACAACAACCUUGGACGUAGUGUCAGUAAAGGUAACUUCUUCAGGAUACGAAGUGCAUUUACCCUUGGUGCCAAGAAGUUGGCUAGGUUACUUGAAUGCCCUAAAGAGAAUUUGAUCCAUGAGGUUAACCAAUUCUUUAUGAAUACAUGGGAAAGACAUGGCAGUGGUUGUCGUCCUGAUGCUCCUGGAAUUGACCUUUGGUUAUCAAGGCUGGGAUAUCCUGAGCCUGAUCAGCAAGAUGAAAAUGCUAGUGAUUCUUCAAGCAGCAAAAGAAACCAUAACUCCGCCGCUGUUGGUGGGGUUCAAGGAGCUCGCAGUAUGGCCUCUCAACAGAAUAAUUGUGGAACAGAAGUUAUAUCUAGAGCAACAUAUCAAACCCAAAAGACUGUUGGCAACUCUUACCAACCUGCUCAGGAAGUCAGUUCUAAUCAAAAUGCUUCAAAUGAUAAACUUCAGAAGACUGUUAAGCCAGAAAUCAUGGUGAAUAAUAUUCACGGAAGGCAUCUCUUUGCCAGGACACGGUCAAGCCCUGAGCUUACUGAGACAUAUGGUGAAGCUCUUUCGCAGCAAAGGCGUAACAGAGCCCCGGAAGCUGGAAAACGCCAAACUAAUUCUGUGAGGGCUGAUAGUACCAGGAAAAAGAAUCUGGAGUCAAAUUUGUCAAGCAAUAUCAGACACGUGUCUGACUCAACAUCAAAUAGGCAUACUCCAUCCCCUCGAAGUCCUGAUAGCACUGCUGACAUGAGCAGUGCAGUGAACAGUUAUUAUGAUGAUUUAGGUUCAGUUUCCGUGAAUGAAGACUUCUCUGCCGCUGGUGAUCAGGGAAUGCAACAGGAAGAGCAAGAUCUUGUGAACUCCAUGGCAACUCUUACUGGGCAAGGUUUUAAUGGACAGUUCCCUUUUCCUUAUAAUUUUGCUACGGGCCACUUGCCAUUUCCAAUUACACCUUCCAUGUUAGCUUCAGUGGGAUAUGGUCAGAGGAACGUGCCUGGUAUUGUUUCUUCUAACCCUCCUUUCACCGAGACACUUUGGAGUACUAAUAUGCAAUUUCCGCAAAACUUUGCUUCUUCACCAUUUACCCAUUAUUUUCCCAGUGGAUCCCAUCUAAAUCUAGAAAAGCUGAGAAAAGCUGGUAAUGAAGCUAUGGGGUCUCCAGAUAAUGUUGACGAGUCUGACCAUGAACUCUGGCACAAGCAAGAAAGGGGUCCUCAUAGUUUUGGACUUGAAAAUGGUAGUUAUGGAAUGCAUCAUGCAAAUGAUAAACAUCAGUCAUCUUCUGCAGAGCACAGUUUUGUACCCUCAAGUCGGAAAAUACGGUCAACAAGGGGAGAUGAUAUAGAAAAAUCCCACUCUCCAGUCAGAGGAGGCAGUCAGAAUCAGAGUGAGGAGAGAAAUGCAGGCUCUAGACCUGUGUCUUGUGCUAGUUCCGUUAGAAGUAGGACUUCAUCUGAAAGCUCUUGGGAUGGGUCAACCACAAGGGGCUCAAAGCCAGGUAGGGAUAGGGAUAGACGGAGUAGGAAAGUAGUUUCUGGGGCUGCGUCUGCACUCUACGGAAAAGGAAAGAGUGUACCUGAGCACUCAAUCCAGGUUGAAGAUGAUAACAGAGAGUGGGUUCCUGUAUCAAGCCAGGAAAUAACAGAAAGAGAUCUGGGCCCUCGUCCUACUGUUGCUUCAUUUCAACUUCAGAGGCAUCAAAUACAUGGUCAUGAACUAGCUCAGGCAAGUGGAUCAGAGACCACAGUGCCCCUUGCUCCAUUUAUCCUUGGCAAUGGCAUGCAACAAAACGAGGUUGAUAAUUCUGGAUACACUUUUUAUCCCACUGGGCCGCCUGUUCCGAUAGUUGCAAUGCUUCCGAUGUACAACUAUCAAGUCGGUGGUAAUGCGACAUCAGAUCUUUUGGCAAGCCAUCUCGGUGUGGAUGAAGGAGUGGAGAAUCAUGAUCCCUGUAAAACUUUUAACUCGUUCAAGGGGCUUGAUCAGUCUGAGAUAGUUGUUUCUUCACACUCCACCAGAGCUUCUGUAGAAGCAACAGAGCACAAGAAUGAUAUUCUUAAUGGUGAUUUCACAAGUCAUUGGCAGAAUUUGCAGUAUGGCCGCUCUUGCCAGAAUUCUCAACAUCCGCCUGUGUUGUAUCCUGCUCCGGUUGUAGUGCCACCUGCUUAUCUCCAGGGGCGUGUACCAUGGGAUGGUCCUGGAAGACCUCUUGCUUACGCCAGUCUCAUGAAUCAGCUCAUGAACUAUGGACCUCGUCUUGUACCCGUUGCUCCUGUACAACCUGUUUCUCCUAGGCCACCGAACAUGUACCCUCGUUAUGCUAAUGAGACUCCCAGAUAUCGAAGUGGGACUGGGACCUACUUUCCAAAUCCUAAGAUUUCCCCAAGGGAGCAGCGGCCAUCCUCUGGCAUGAGGCGAGGGAAUUAUGGGCACGAGAGAAACGAGCAUUACAGCGAUAGAGAAGGGAAUUGGAAUAACGCUGGUACCAAGACACGGGGCUCUGGACGUGGCCACAACUAUCGUAGCUAG